GAAAACAUGGCGGUCAAAUUCUGCGAGCACAGACUAGAACUACCUAGUGUUUGAUAUAUACUGAGUUAUUGUCAUUGCAGUAUUGCUAUGAUAUGAUAUAACGUGGGGGUAUACCCCACGCCUUGCUGAAUGAUAAGCUACCCAAGGCGAGCUGUGGGUGACGUGGUGACUACUACGCAUCCCGUCAUGCAGUGCGCCUCACGCUGAGGUGGCCCAAUCUCUGCCCCGCCUCUUUUCUGGCCUUUUUCUGCGGGAGGGAGUUGGUGUCGUGUCUCAGUCGGAGCCAUGGCAAGGGUGCAGUGUGUGCUGCUGGCGGUAUUGCUGGCCCUGGCGGCCUGUUCUGCGGAAACCUGCACAGAGCCUGUUAUAGUCCCUUCCUAUUACACUACCUCAGAUGCAGUGAUCUCUUCAGAAGUGGUUUUCAUUGUGGAGAUUUCCCUGUCUUGCACUAAUGGUGCUCAGAAUGUUGCUCUUUACGCUGAUGUGAAUGGGAAACAGUUCCCUGUGACCAGAGGACAGGAUGUUGGGCGCUACCAGGUCUCAUGGAGCCUGGAGCACAAAAAUGCCCGCUCUGGAACAUACGAGGUGAAGUUUUUCGAUGAGGAGUCCUACAGUCUGCUAAGGAAGGCGCAGAGAAACAAUGAGGAUAUCUCCUCUAUCCAGCCUCUCUUUACUGUCAAUGUUGAUCAUAGGGGUGCAUGGAACGGUCCUUGGGUAUCCACAGAAGUACUGGCAGGAUUGAUAGGCAUAUUGGUAUAUUAUACAGCAUAUACUGCAAAGAGCAGCAUCCAGGCUUAACCAGAGAAGAGGGUUGGGGAAGGGAACGAUGGGUCUCGGUGUACAGAUUUGUCUUGUGCUUGUAAUAAAAUUUUCUACACACACACUGCCUACAUCCUGUCUCUUACA